AUGACUGAAAUAAAUUCAAAUGAAAAAAAUGAAAACAGUAAUUCUUCAACAGAGGUAAAGAAUGUAGUACGUUACUCAGAAAUUAACUUAGAAUUGAUGAAAUCUAAUAAAUUAAAUAUAGAUAAUAAAAAAUAUAUUCAAGAGAAAAAUUUCUAUAAAAAUGAAAACUUUAAUCAUUGUAUAAAUGAAAAAAAAAAAAAAAAAAUAAAUAAAAAAAAAAUGGAUGAAGAUAAAAAAGAAGUCAAAGAUGAUAUGACAGAGAUCACAAAGGAGGAAGUGGUUAAGAAUGAUCAAAUUCUAGGAAAUGAGAAUGAACAAGUAUUAGAGCAUCAAUUGACAGAGAUAAAAAAAAAAAAAAAAAAAAAAAAUCUUUUUGGCGAAUAUAACAUGAAUGGAAUGAUUGUUGAAAAUUAUAAAUCAAAUAAUAUAAAUCAUAAAUAUUCGAAUAUUAGUGACAUUAAUAGUAUAGAAAAAAAUAAAAAUAAGAAAUGUAUAAAAGACCAAGCAACUAAUUGUAUUUCUGAUAUAAAUGAAAAUGUUACAAAACAAGAAAAAAAUAAUGAAUAUAUAAAACAUGGUGAUAAAAAAGAGGAAAGAAAAAUGCUUCAAAAUUAUAAAUCUUUUAAAAAUCAAAACAAGGAAAAAAAAUUUUUAAUAAAUGAUAAAAAUUUAUAUUACAAUCAAAGAUUUACUAAUUGUAUGUAUAAUGAUAAAAAAAAGGUAGAUAAUAGUAGUAUAUAUAUAAAAAAGCCUUAUAUUGAUGAAAAUUUUUUUAAUCAAGGAAUGAAUAGAAAUCAUUUUUAUAAUUUUAAAUAUUACCCCUAUAAUAAAAAUUAUUUAGAUAAUAAUAUAGCAAGAGAUAUAUAUAAUUUUAAUAAUCCUUAUUCAUAUAACUGCAACGAUUACUGUUAUUUAAAUCACCAACAAAUUCACAAUACAAUAAAUAAUCAAAAUAUAAAUCAUUAUGAGCAGCAAAAAUCUUAUAAUAAUUCGAAGCAUUCUGCUUUACCACUUUCACAUAUAUCAACACACAAUCACAUUAAUAAUAUUCAUCUAACUGACAUGAAUCCUAAAAAUUUAACUAUAAACACAAUAAAUAAUACCCCCAAUAAAGAGGGAUCUAUGAGAAACACAAAAUAUCAACAAAAUUACGUAUAUACGAAAAUGAAGGAAAAAAUACAUGAUCAAUACUACAGAAUAAAGCUAUGCCCCUUUUUAAAAAAGGGAUUAUGCCAAAAAGGAGACAACUGUUCCUAUGCACAUUCAACUGAUAAAUUAAGAAGUUCCAUUAAUUUAACAAAAACAAAAAUUUGUGAAUUGUGGAUAAAAAAUGAAUGUGAAAAUGAUAAUUGUGUAUAUGCUCAUGGAGAAUUAGAACUAAGAGCAACACCUGAUUAUUUCAAAACAAAGUUAUGUAAAUAUUUUGAUAAAGAAGGAAAAUGCCCUUCUGGAGACAAAUGUAGACAUGCUCAUGGACAAGAAGAAUUAAGAAAAAGAAAUUAUAGAAGAACAGAAUUAGAGAAAUAUGCUUUAAAAAAUAAAAUAAAUGUGAAAUUUUUAUAUAAUGAAGUAAAAAAUAAAAAGGAUAUUUCUGAAUAUAUUUCAUAUAAUCUCAAUAAACAAAGUGAAGACAAAAACCAUUUAUUUAGUUCUAAUGAUAGCAGAGAAUUUAAAACAAAUAAUGAAAAAAGAGAAAUAGUUUCAAAUGAAGAAUUAAAAACUAUAAAUAAUGAGUAUAAAAGAGAAACACAAAACUUUCAUUCGUCUGAUUUCAAUUCCCAAGAAAAAGAAAAUAAUAACUCUUCUAGUUUUAAUGAGGUAAAUGAGCAAAUUAUAGAAGAUAUAAAGGAAGGAAAUAAUAUUAGUAACUCCAAUUACAAUUAUUCACAUGAACGAAUUAAUAUAAUUGAUGACAGCAUCUUAAAUCUAAAAGAGGAAAAAGAAAAAAGAGGAAAGGUCGAUGAAUUAAACUUACAUGCUUUGAGUACUGAUUGUAAUAAUGUAAGUAAGGAUUUUAAUAAAAGACAAAUAAAAAAGGAAAAAGAUAAAAACGAAACUGUGAUUAAAAAAAAAAAAUAUGAACAAAUCAUAAAAUAUAAAGAAGAGAAGAGUAAUAGAGAAAAUAUAAAUGAAGAAAUAAAAUUAAGUGAUAAUAAGGAAUUAAGAAUAGUAGAAGCAGUAGAUACCAAAGGUGAUUUUGUCGACAAUGAAAAUAAAAGAAGUGAAAAAAAUUAUAAACGAAAAACUAAAGUGGAAGAAAAGGAAUGUGAACAAAUAUUUACAACAGAGAAAAAUACAAAUUGUGAGAAUGAACAAGAGGGAGAAAAAGAAAAAAUUGGUGAUACUUUCAGAAAAAUAGAAGAAAAUCAAUAUGAUAAUGAAAAUAUAGCUUCUAGUGUACAGAAGAAAUUAGAAGCUAAUGAAAAAGAAAAAAAAAAAAAAAGUUACAAUCUCAUUAUUAAAAAAAAAUUAAGCAAAUAUGAAAAUGAUAAUAAAUCAAAUAAUAAUAUUAAAAAUGAAAUUGCAUAUACAAAAUUAGUGAAAGAAGUAGAUGAUAAAUAUUUGGAGAAAGAUUAUGUUAAGAGGUAUAAUGGAAAUUAUUAUUUAAAUAGUUAUAUAAAGAAAAAUGAAAAAUAUUCUAAAAUUAAAAAUUUAAAUGAAAAUAGGAAUUUUGAAAAUGAUAAUAAUUCUAUAUCAAAAAAUAAACAUAGAAAAGAAAAUAAUAUAACUAAAAAUCACUCAACAAAUAAUUCUUCUAACUGUACAACGACUACCACAUCUAGUAAUUAUAAUUCGAAAAUUUUUAAUUAUAAAUAUAAAAAACAUAAUAUAAAUAAAUUUAUGAAAAAUUUUAAGAGUCCUGAUAAAGACAAUGCAAAGGUUAAAGAGUUAAGUGAUAAAAAUAGUGUACUGGAUACGUUGGCAAAGGUUAAUACUAAGCAGAAUAUGAAUAUUAAUAAUAAUUUAAAAAUUAAAGAAGAAAAAAAGGAUUCCAAUACAAUUCAAAAUAAUUUAAGUUGCAAAUAUUUCAAUAAAUCAUUUAAUAAUAUGUAUUUAAUCUCUCAUCAUAAUUCACCAAAUUAUAAUUUCGAAGAUUCUUCAAGGUUCUUUUUUACCAAUUAUAAUAAUACAAGUCCACUUUAUAUGCAUAAUCAUUUAACAAGAUUAAGUAAUUGUAAUAAUUUUUUUCAUAACACUACUUUUAGAUCAAAUUUAAAUUAUGAAAAAAAUUCUACUAAUAUAAAUAAUGAUAUGUUAAUAAAUCAUGGAAUAUUUCCAAUAAAUACUUUGAUAAAUAGUGUUAAUUAUUAUAAUUAUAAUGUAAAUAAUAUUUAUUCAAAUGGAAAUGAUUAUUAUAAUUAUUUAAAUUUUGAAAUGAAUAAUAUAAAUAUAUUGAAUCAAGCAUCAACCAUUAAUAAUAAUCAUCAUUCUAAUUUUCCUUUAAAUUCACCAAAUUCAAACUAUCAGCAAAUUUUUAAUAUAUUACCAUCAAAUAACUUAUUGCAUUCUAACAUUUUAUCACAUAAAUCUAUUCAAUCACAACAUUAUGCAAAUCCUUGUCAAAAAAAAAAUUUUAAUAAUCAUAAUAUAAAUGAUUCUAAUGUAUACAAUGUAAAUCAAUAUAUUAAUAUGGCAAAGUAUAAUGGAAAUGAACAAAAUACUAUGUCUGCAAAUAUAGUUACAAAUAAUAAUAAUAAAAAUAAUUCUUUUUUAAGUAGCAAUUUCAAUAGUACACUACCAAUAAAUCAAAGAGAUUCACAACAAUCACAAACACAUGUAUUUAAUAAUAUUAGAUCAAAUGCUUCAAAUAAUUUAUGCAAUAAUAAUGAUAGUAUGGGUGGAUUACAUAACUCUAACAUUAAUUAUGAUAACUCUAUCCAAAGGGAAAUACUAGCCAUUGAAAACAACAAAAAAGAUAUAAAGAAACAAAAUUAUAUGCCAUCAAAUUCAUCAAAUAAAAAUUAUGAUAGAAAAAUGAAUAACUUAAGUUGUAAGCAUUAUCAAAAUAAUGCGCAAAAUGAUAUAAAUAAAAAUAAUACUAUCAAUAAUGAUAAUAAUAAUAUUAAUAAUAGUAAUAUUAAAAAUAAUAAAAAUAAUAAUAUUACAUAUGACAAUAAAAAAAAAAAAAAAAAUAAUAAUAAUAAUAAUAAUAAUAAUAAUAAUAAUAAUAAUAAUAAUAAUAAUAAUAAUAAUAAUAAUAAUAAUAAUAAUAUAAAUAAUAAUAAUGAUAAUAAUAAUAAUAAUAAUAUAAAUAAUAAUAAUUAUUAUGAUAAUAACAAUACUGAUAUUAAUGAUAAUAAUAUUGAUAUUAGUGAUAAUAAUACUGAUAUUAAUACUACUACUACUACUACUACUACUACUAAUAAUAAUAAUAAUAAUAAUGAUAAUAAUAAUAAUAAUGAUAAUAAUAAUAUAAAUAAUAAUAAUAAUAAUGAUAAUAAUAAUAUAAAUAAUAAUAAUAAUAAUGAUAAUAAUAAUAUAAAUAAUAAUAAUAAUUAUGAUAAUAACAAUACUGAUAGUAAUAAUAAUAAUAAUAAUAAUAAUAAUAAUAAUUAUGAUAAUAAUAAUGAUAAUGAUAGUGAUUAA